CACUGCCUCUAAAACGAGUCUCUCUGGGGAGAGAGAGGAGGAGACCACUGCCUCUAAAAUGACUCAAGACACCAGUUCUAAGAGUGUCCAGAAGCCCAGAGCAGAGUCACCUGCCCCCAGCCUGCUAUCAAUGAAGAGUGAUCAGCCACCUGCUUUCAGCCAGGAACCAUUACCAGAUGACAAUAAGGAAGUGGAGAGUUUGGACAGUGAGGAUGCAUUAAAGAUCACACACAACCUUCUGGACAGAAGAAGUCAAACUCUUCUGACAGUCCAACAAGACAUUAAGGCUAAACUGAAACACAAGUAUCAACACAUAUCUGAAGGAAUUGGAAACCAAAGUCUGUUAAAGGACAUCUACACAGAGCUCUACAUCACAGAGGGUGGAAGUGGAGGGGUCAAUAAUGAACAUGAGGUGAGACAGAUAGAGAUGGCAUCCAAGAAACAAACCACACAAGAGACACCAAUCAAAUGCAACGACAUCUUCAAGCCUUUAGCUGGACAAGACAAACCUAUCAGAACUGUGCUGACAAAAGGAAUCGCUGGCAUUGGAAAAACAGUUCUCGUGCAGAAGGUCAUCCUUGACUGGGCAGAGGGAAAAGCAAAUCAGGACGUUCAUUUCAUGUUUCCUCUUCCUUUCCGUGAUCUGAACCUGAAAAAGGACCAAUACAGUCUGAUGCAACUUCUUUCCCACUACUUCUCAGAGCUGAAAGAGAUUGACAACAUUGAAGAUGGGGAAACCAAAACUGUUUUCAUUUUUGAUGGUCUGGAUGAGUGUCGACUUCCUCUAGACUUCAAAAACAAUGAGAGGUGCUGUGAUGUCACGAAGCCAACCUCAGUGGACGUGCUGCUGACAAACCUCAUCAAGGGGAAUCUGCUUCCCUCUGCUCUCCUCUGGAUAACCUCACGGCCUGCAGCAGCCAAUCAGAUCCCUCCUGAGUGUGUUGACCAGGUGACAGAGGUACGAGGGUUCAAUGAUCCCCAGAAGGAGGAGUACUUCAGGAAGAAAAUCACAGAUCAGAAUCUGGCCAAUGAAAUCAUCAAACACAUGAAGACAUCAAGGAGCCUCCACAUCAUGUGCCACAUGCCAGUCUUCUGUUGGAUAUCAGCCACUGUCCUUGAGAUGAUGCUGAAAGAGGCAGAGAAGGAUGAAGUCCCCAAAACUCUGACCCAGAUGUUCACACACUUCACGCUCAUCCAAAUCAUUGUGAUGAACAAGAAGUACAACAAAGCCACAGAGACAAACCCAAAGGAACUGUCUCAGUCAGACAAAGAGAUGAUCCUGAAACUGGCAAAGCUGGCUUUCCAACAGCUGCAGAAGGGCAACCUGAUCUUCUAUGAGGAGGACCUGAGAGAGUGUGGCCUUGAUGUCACAGAGGCAUCAGAGUACUCAGCAUUGUGUACAGAGAUCUUUAAAGAAGAAUCUGGGCUGAACCAAGAGAAGGUCUACAGCUUUGUGCAUCUGAGCCUUCAGGAGUUUCUAGCAGCAGUGCAUGCUUUAGAAUCAUGUCUGGACAAGAAGGAAAAUGUUUUUUCCACCACUAGUGAGGAUGAAGAGGAGGAGUCAAUCCAGUUGUUUGACUUACACAGGAGAGCAGUGGACCAGGCCUUGAAGAGUGAGAAUGGACACCUGGACCUGUUCCUCCGCUUCCUUCUGGGUCUCUCACUGGAGUCCAAUCAGAAUCUGUUACGAGGCCUUCUGACACAGACAGGAAGUACAACACAGAGCAAUGAGGAAACAGUCGAGAGAACAGUCAGGUACCUUUCAGACAAGAUCGAAAGGGAAUCCUCACCAGAAAGGAUCAUCAACUUGUUCCACUGUCUGAAUGAACUUGGUGCCAACUCUCUAGUUGAAGACAUGCAAACCUCCCUGCGAUCAGGAACUCUUUCAGAAACAAGACUAAAACCUGACCAAUGUUCAGCCCUGGCCUACCUGUUACUGAUGUCAGAGGAGGUGCUGGAGGAGUUUGACCUGAAGACAUACACCACAUCAGAGGAAUGUUAUCAGAGGUUAAUGCCGGUAGUGAAAACCUGCAAGAGAGCACUACUGGCUGGCUGUAAACUCACAUAUAAAUCCUGUGAGACUCUGGCUUCAGCUCUGCAGACACCAAACUCCCCACUGAGAGAACUGGACCUCAGCUACAAUGACCUGGGAGACAGAGGAGUGGAGCUGCUCUGUGUUGGACUAACCAGUCCACUCUGCAACAUACAGACACUAGUUCUAGGUCAGUGUGGUCUGACAGAGGGUUGCUGUUCAGAUCUGGCCUCAGUCCUGAGUUCACCCAACUCACAACUGAAACAACUGGAGCUGAGAGACAAUGACCUGCAGGACUCAGGAGUUACACUGCUGUCUGCUGGACUGGAGGAUCCAGACUGUAAACUACACACACUGGGGCUGUCUGGCUGUCUGGUCACAGAGGAGGGCUGUGCUGCUCUGUCUUUAGCUCUGAGGUCAAACCCCUGCCACCUGAAAGAGCUGGACCUGAGCUACAAUCACCCAGGAGACUCUGCAGGGGGACUGCUUUCAGCUGCUCUGGUGGAUCCCACAGAUAAACUGAUGAAGCUGAAUGUGGAUCAUGGUGGAGAGUUCAGGCUGAAACCAGGGCUGACGAAAUAUGCCUGUCAUCUCACCCUGGACCCAAAUACAGCAAACCCAAAGCUGAUACUGUCUAAGGGGAACAGGAAGGUGACACGGGUGGAGGAGGAGCAGCAUUAUGAAGACCAUCCAGACAGAUUUGACCGUCAUCCCCAAGUUCUCUGCAGAGAAGGCUUAUCUGGAUCUCGUUAUUACUGGGAGGUGGAGAAGGGUGGUGACGGGGCUCUCAUUGGUGUGGUGUACAAAGGAAUGAAGAGGAAGGGAAAGGAGGAUGACAGUUGGAUUGGAGCCAAUAGGAAGUCCUGGUGUUUAUUCUGCUCUAACAGAGGUUAUGACUUUUACCAUGCCGUCAGGAGAUCCAUCCCUGGUCCUGUUUCUAACAGAGUUGCAGUGUAUCUGGACUGGCCAGCUGGUACUUUGUCCUUCUAUAGUGUGUCCUCCUCUGGUACACUGACACACCAUUACACAGAACACACCACAUUCACUGAACCCCUCUAUCCUGGGUUUGGGUUUGGGUUUGCGUUUCAUUCCUCCUACUCCUCAGUGACCCUGUGUCAGAUAGAUGACCAACACAUUCAAAGCAGAGACCAUGGUGGAGAGUGUUGUAUCAAGCCUGGACCUGAGAACACCAGAGACCAGAUAUGUGAGUGUUAACUGAUAAUUGUUUUAAAAUCAAAAUACGAUUAAAGGACACACACAGUCCCAGGCAAGGAACACAAUCAGGAUCUAUUUGGUCAAAACAAACUUACAGGUAGAGUCAGCAAUAUGAUGUAGAUGCACAAAGUAAACAUCAUAGUGGGUCAAUUUCUACAACAACUAAGGGCGUUGGAGCGCGAUGCUAAACUUCUCUGUUUUGGUCCCGUGGCUACCACGCUGUAAGAGAGUGAAGAGAACCCGUGCACAUGGGCAGAUACUGUGUGAGAGAGAAGUCAGGCAUCUUGCUCAUCACAAUAUCUGCGGCGCUGCUCGUACAACAUCAUUUAGCUGACUCUAGCUUUAAACUCUCAUCCUGGGAUCUACCAGAAAUCAGGCCCCCAACAUCUCCAAAACAUGGACCAGAACCAUGUUGUUUCCUGCUUCCACAAACAUUCAUUAAUAUAACACUAAUGUCAGAUUAUGGUAUGAUAAUGAGUGUACAUUCUGAGACUGUUGCUCACUUACAUUCAUUUUUAUUACAAGUCUGUUUAAUAUUUAUUCAUUCAUUAUUAC